AUAGAAACGAAUUCAAUCCGAAAUGAAUUGUGAUGGCACAAUCAAUAACUGAUGAUAGAUGAGACACCUUUUAUAAGAGCUACUUUUGCUAUUAAGAAAUUAUCUUCAACAAAGGUUCCAAGCUUAUGGCUUCAUCAAGAUCGUUGAACGGUGGAUCACUUCCAUUUUCAUCACAAAGACUCUUAGCCUUAGCUCAACAGCUCAGUCAUUACAAGCCUCCACCUUGUUCCUUGGACGACGGCGAGGAGCAGGAGCGAAUCAUCGAGAAAACCGUCGGAAAAGUUGUUUCACAAGUGGGUGUUCAAGAAUCAGUGACCCCAAUUGCCCAAAACCCUGAAAAUUUUAAACCCAAAAGAGCUGCUGUUUUGAUCUGUCUCUUUGAAGGAGAUGCUGGGGAUUUGCGUGUUAUAUUGACCAAAAGAUCUUCGAGAUUGACUACUCAUUCUGGGGAAGUUUCAUUGCCAGGUGGGAAAGCAGAGGAGGGUGACAAAGAUGAUAUCGAAACAGCCACUCGAGAGGCUAAAGAAGAGAUCGGGUUGGACCCUUCACUUGUGAAUAUCGUAACGGUUCUCGAACCAUUUUUGUCCAAGCAUCUCCUCAGAGUAGUUCCGGUCAUUGGCAUACUUACCGACAAAAAGGCAUUCAAGCCAACACCAAACCCCGCAGAAGUCGACGAAGUAUUCGAUGCUCCCCUAGAAAUAUUCAUUAAGGACAAAAACCGAACCGAGGAAGAAAGAGAAUGGAUGGGGGAGAAGUAUUUGCUUCACUUCUUUGAGUAUGAAACUGAGAAGGAAAAAAGGAAGUAUAUAAUAUGGGGUUUAACUGCUGGGGUUCUGAUAAGAGCUGCUUCAUUAGUUUACCAGCAACCUCCUGCUUUUUUGGAACAAAAUCCCAAGUUCAAGUUCCCUAAAAUCGUUGACAGAAAUACCGUCAUGCGGUAAAUGAAAGUAUGAGAAGUCAGUUGAAUCACAAGUGAAGUGACAAAAGAUAUAUGUUCGAGUUUUUAAUUGAUAUUAGUCUCGAGAUCGAUUUCUAGAUGAUCUUAAAUGAAAGUACGAGGAGUCGGUAGAAUCAUAAGUGAAAUGACAAAAGAUAUAUAUUCGAGUUUUUAGUUGACAUUAAUCUCGAGAUUGAUCUCUAGACGAUCAUUUGGACUCGGGUCCAAGGGGUUGUGUAGGAAGAGAAAGGAAACAAAACAUAAUAGAUAGAUAAAAUUAGGAAAAGGAAGUAAUUUAUUAUAAUAUAUAUUUUUAACUUAUAGCACUGAAAUAAAAUAAUUUAUUAUGAGAAAGGUGAAAAUAUUAUUUUUAA